GUUCAUAACAUCAUUGUGUGUAACAAGAGUUAAUAAAGCAUAUAGAGAGAAUAUCAACAAAGAAAAGAGAAGACCAUGGCGUUGAAAGACACGUUCUACAUAUCUCAUGGAUCCCCCACUUUGUCCAUAGAUGAGUCCAUUGAAGCUAGGACGUUCCUUCAAUCAUGGAAGAAGGACGUGUUUUCACAAAAACCCACUUCAAUUCUUGUCAUUUCCGGUCAUUGGGACACCGCAGUUCCCACCGUUAACGUUGUUGACACCAUCAACGAAACCAUCUACGAUUUCUAUGGCUUUCCCAAACAAAUGUACAAGCUUAAAUAUCCAGCACCUGGAGCUCCACGCUUGGCAAGGAGGGUCAAGGAACUACUAAAGAAAUCUGGUUUCGGACGUGUUGAUGAAGAUACAAAGCGAGGACUGGACCAUGGUGCUUGGGUUCCUCUUAUGUUGAUGUACCCAGAAGCUGACAUCCCAGUUUGUCAGCUAUCUGUUCAAUCAGGCCAGGAUGGGACUCACCAUUAUAACUUAGGAAAGGCAUUGGCCCCUCUUAAAGAUGAAGGUGUAUUGAUUAUGGGUUCUGGAAGUGCUAUUCACAACUUGAGAGCAAUUGAUCCUCACUCCUCUGUUGCUCCGUGGGCUCUACAAUUUGAUAAUUGGUUGAAAGAAGCUCUUCUUGAAGGAAGAUAUGAAGAUGUAAAUCAUUAUGAACAGAAAGCGCCACAUGCGAAAAAGGCUCAUCCCUGGCCAGAUCACUUUUAUCCACUGCACGUUGCAAUUGGUGCUGCCGGUGAAAAUGCAAAGGCCAAACUUAUCCACAGCAGUAUUGAAAUGAGCAGUCUCUCUUAUGCCUCUUACCAGUUUACAUCAACUACCAGCUGAACUUCUUAGUACAGAACAGCAGCUGUUCAUUGCAUGUUUAAACACAGUUAUUAAUAUCUAUGAAGAUAUGUUGCUUAAAUUUAGACGUAUGUUUCUGUGAUGUAUUGAUGUAUAAUAAAUUAAUUGUUUUGAAUAAAAAAAAUUGGUGGCUUUCCUUGUUG